AUGGCAGCUUCAUCUGCACUACGCUCCCGAGAACCGCAGCACACAAUAAUCCGGCGAGGCAUGCGGCGAAAGCGGUCUGCGGGUUCGUUGACGGACCUGCUCGCGGCAUUCGUUCUCGUGAGUACGGCUGCUCUCUUGGGCCGCUACUACACGGUAGCCGUCGGCUCAUCUGAGGGGGGUUCCGCACACGCCGAGCAAUCCAUUUGUAUCAAGGAUAGCGCAAAGACGACUUGCACAUGCACAAAAAAAGACUCUUCAUCGGAGAAGGGGACCGCGACACUCUCAGCAUCCCUGGCGACGCUCAAUCUUCAGUGCAAAGGAGGCCUGUACUAUGCACCAGACAAGCUCAAAGGCACAACAGUGUGCCCAGGGAACGCGAAGGACGUUCACAAUUGCACGCAGCCCUGUUUGGACCUUAAGAAUGUAUUGACGGGUACCAGCGUCCCCAGCUGGAAAGGUGGUGAGCCUGAAGGCGAGGAGGGCAAAACCCUCACCGUCGCUCCAGAGAACCUCCCUUUUGUGAACAAGCAGUUCGUGGUCGGUUGUGUCAAAGAGGAGAAUGCCGCUGCUUGCACUGUGGCGGUGGCGGUCAACGCAAGACCGACAGAGAAGACAGGCCAGACCGUCACUUGCGCAUAUGGAGAGAACAGCAACCUCACGCCCCAGACGGUGGCACUGAACCCGUCAAACAGGAGCUUCACUCUGGUGUGCGGCGAGGACGGAGAAGUGGUGCCUGCGAACUACCAGGCGUCGUUCUGCCCUGUUGGUGCAGAAAAGAGGGACGACCAGAGCGGUGCGUGCACCGAGAGCUACUCACAGAUUCUGCCCGCAUAUGAGACUAGUUGGUGGAGAAACGAUGGAGGAAAGUCUUCAUAUACGCUCACCAUUCCGGCGGACAAGUUCCCAGAGACUGAGGCGAAACUGAACAUUCGUUGCCAGAAGAAGGGUGCUUCAAGCAGCAACCGGAGUGAGGCGCCAGCUACACCGAACCCGAGCGUGUGCAGCGUUGAUGUGACAAUCGAGGCCGCUGCUGCAUCCAGUUCCUCUCCAGCCUUGGCAGUCACGCGCUUGCUGCUUGUGGUCACUGUCGCUGGUGUAAUUUCCACGGUCAUGUUUUAG